GUGUCUGUACGGAUGGCAGGGCCUGUACUGCGACAAAUGCAUCCCGCACCCUGGCUGUGUGCACGGCACCUGCCUGGAGCCGUGGCAGUGUUUGUGCGACCUCAACUGGGGCGGCCACCUCUGUGACAAAGACCUGAACUACUGCGGCACUCACCAGCCGUGCUUGAACGGCGGCACCUGCAGCAACACAGGGCCUGAUAAGUACCAGUGUACCUGCGCCGAGGGCUACUCUGGAGCCAACUGUGAGAGAGCCGAACACGCCUGCCUCUCCAACCCGUGCUCUAACGGAGGGAGCUGCUCAGAAACCGCUCAAGGCUACGAGUGUCAGUGUGCGCCAGGCUGGAGCGGCCCGUCCUGCACCUUCAAUGUUGACGACUGCUCCCCGAACCCCUGUCGCCACGGCGGCACCUGCCAGGACCAGGUGAACGGCUACAAGUGUCACUGCCCUCCACAGUGGAUGGGGAAGACGUGCCUAAUAGAUGCCAACGAAUGUGACAGCAAGCCCUGCGUCAACGCUAACUCCUGCCGCAACCUGAUUGGCGAUUACUUCUGCGAGUGCCUCCCUGGUUGGACGGGACAGAACUGCGACACCAAUAUAAACGACUGCAAGGAUCAGUGCCAGAAUGGAGGAACCUGCAAGGACCUGGUGAACGGGUACCGCUGCACGUGUGCCCCGGGCUUCGCCGGCGAGCACUGCGAGAGGGACAUCGACGAAUGCGCCAGCUCGCCGUGCCUCAACGGCGGCCGCUGUCAGGACGCGGUGAACGGCUUCCAGUGCCUGUGUCUGACCGGCUUCUCCGGGAAUCUGUGCCAGCUGGACAUAGAUUACUGCUCCCCCAACCCGUGCCAGAACGGCGCGUCCUGCUUCAACCGGGCCACAGACUACGUGUGUGCGUGUCCAGAGGACUACGAGGGCAAAAACUGCUCCCACCUCAAAGACCACUGCCGCACCACCAAGUGUAAAGUGAUUGACAGCUGCACAGUGGCCGUGGCAUCUAACAGCACGCCAGGAGGAGAGCGCUACAUUUCGUCAAAUGUGUGCGGACCUCACGGCCGCUGCCAGAGCCAGGCAGGGGGUCAGUUCAGCUGCGAGUGCCAGGAGGGCUUCAGGGGCACCUACUGCCACGAGAACAUAAACGACUGCGAGAGCAACCCGUGUCACAACGGAGGCACGUGCAUCGACAAGGUCAGCGUCUACCAGUGCAUCUGCGCCGACGGCUGGGAGGGCGACCACUGCGAGAUCAACAUCGAUGACUGCAGCACCAACCCCUGUCACAAUGGAGGGACGUGUCGAGACCUGGUGUCUGAUUUCUUCUGCGAGUGCAAAAACGGCUGGAAAGGAAAAACCUGCCGCUCACGUGAGAGCCAGUGUGAUGAAGCUACGUGCAACAAUGGAGGCACCUGCCACGAUGAGGGCGACACAUUCCAGUGCAACUGCUCCCCGGGAUGGGAGGGCACGACGUGCAACAUAGCCAAAAACUCAAGCUGCCUGCCUAACCCGUGUGAGAACGGCGGUACCUGCGUGGUGAAGGGGGAUUCCUUCACCUGCGUCUGCAAGGAGGGCUGGGAGGGUCCCACCUGCACUCAGAAUACCAACGACUGCAGUCCCCACCCAUGCUACAACAGUGGGACCUGUGUAGAUGGGGAUAACUGGUACCGCUGCGAGUGCGCCCCAGGUUUCGCCGGUCCAGACUGUCGCAUCAAUAUCAACGAGUGCCAGUCCUCUCCCUGCGCCUUGGGGUCCACCUGCGUAGACGAGAUCAACGGAUAUCGCUGCUUGUGUCCCCCAGACAGAACUGGACUCCACUGUCAAGACAAAACAAGAAAUCGUUGCUCCAGAAAUGAGCACGUUAUCCUGGAUGGAUCCAGCUGGGAAGAAGACUGCAACGUUUGCCACUGCUCCAACGGAAAAGUGAUCUGCACAAAGAUGUGGUGUGGUCCGAAGUCGUGCAAACUGGGCGCCAAAGGCCGAGGCGGAUGCCCCCCGGAUCAGAGCUGCAUGCCCCUCAGAGAAAGCCACUGCUUUGUGAAACCCUGCCUGGAGAUGGGAGAGUGCUGGGGCUCCGGCCUCCCUCAGCCUCCAAUCAAAUGCCACCCCAGCUCCCCUUACCAGGACAACAGCUGCGCCAACAUCACCUUCGUCCUAAAAAAGGAGAUCAUGCCUGCGGGCUCGACGGUGGAAGGAGUAUGUAAGCAGCUGAGGAACCUGAACAUAGUCAGGAAUUUCUCCCUGGAGCAUUCGGUGACCAUAACCUGCGACCCGUCGCUGUCGGCCAGCAACGAGAUCCACGUCUGCCUUUCUACUGAAGACCAUCGCUUGGAUCGCAACCCCAUCAAAGAGAUCACAGACCGAAUAAUUGACCUGGUUCGCAAGGGGAACAGCAACAACACCAUCCUCUCCGCCAUCAUCAAAGCACGGGUGCCAAGACCCAGCAAAACUGACUACCUUGUGCCGCUCCUCUCCUCCAUCCUGAUCGUCAUCUGGGUCCUCCUGCUGGUCUCCGUCCUGCUGUGGUGCAUGCGGCGGCGGCGGAAACAGAGCGGCCACGGCGGGCCGUCGCCGAGCGGCUCCGAGGACAACACCACCAACAACGUGCGGGAGCACCUCAACCAGAUCAAGAACCCCAUAGAGAAGCACGUGGGCCUGGCGGUGGCCAUCAAAGACUACGAGAACAAGAACUCGAUCAUCGCCAAAAUAAGGACGAAUCAUCCCGAAGGGGACGAGGACGACAAGGAGAGGCACCUACAGAAGGGCCUCUUCGCCAAACAGCCAGCAUACACGCUGGUGGAGAGGGACGAGAAGGCGCCCGUCUCCAACCCCAACCCGACGUCCAAGCACCCGAACUGGACUAACAAACAGGACAACAGGGCCUUGGAGACGGCGAACAGCAUAAACAGGAUGGACUACAUCGUAUAGCAGACAGCUGUGUUGCUGUGCAACCAAGCCUUAUUCCUUCACACCCAGGCGGUGGGUGAAAACGGGGCGCCCUCGGCACGUGUAGUCGAUAAACGGUCGUGUCAUUUGUUGACCCCCUCAGUAUUUUUUUUUCCACAUAUUUCCCCCCCCCCCGUGUUAAUUUAAGUUUCUUGACAAGCUGGCUUACACUGGCAGUGACGGUUGCUUUGGUCGGGCUGGAAACACGAGGCGCUGGUCUACAUUUCGCUGUAGAGCUACCCGCUAAAGUGUCCUCUUAUACAUCGCAUUUCAUUUCCCCGACCCCUCCUCUUUACUUUUUUUUUUUUUUUUUUAUUCAGUUGACAAAAGGGGGAGGUGGGCGGGGCUUCUGUUGUUUGACUAAACUUACACAUGUUCGACACUAGAGCUAAUUGUUGUUUAGUACGUGUUUGAAUUCCUUCUAGUUUCAUUUUGGAGAAAGUGCCUUUUCGGUUUUCAGUCUUCGAGCAACUGUCAAAUAAGAGGAAAAAAACAAAAAAACAAUCCACUUUAUUAUUAUUUAUUUUAAUUUUUUUUUUUUUGGGGGGGGGAGGGGGAGAGACAAGAAAUGGUUCAGUGUCAGCAGCUGCUGCCAAUAUGAAGAAUUUAUGUGACAGUUUAAAGUUUUGUAGAUAUGUACAUUUUUUUAUUAAUCAUUCUGUAUAUUUGAUUUAUUAACUUAAUAAUCAAGAGCCUUAAAGAUAUCAUUCCUUUUUAUUUAUGUUCUGUCUAGUUUGAAGGCUCUGAUAGCUGCAAAAGCGUACCAUUUCUUUUUAAAACAAUUGUUCUUUUUUCAAUUAAAGGCAAAUUUCAAAUUUUUAGAAAGAAAGGAGACGGAAACUUUACAAGCCAACAAACUCCAAACUUUUUUUUUUAUACAUUUGAUUACUUGUUGCCAGGACCUUAAUGGAAGCCAAGUGAGGGUUAGGACGACACGAAGAUCUCCUUCGGCUAGGAGGGUCGGACAUGGCGGCAAACAUAUUGCUUGCCGCUAAUGGAUAUAAAUUUACUGGUAAGGGAACAGAGAUUCUUCAGCAGCUUCGGUUUUAAUCCACCCAACGUAUUUCAAAGGCUGUCGAAUUCCCAUCUGCUUCAGUCAGCGUAGUACUUGAACAACGGGGGGGAGAGAGAGACACUGCUUUCCUCUGCUAGAGCUCACUUUGUUUCUGUGCACAUUUAAAAAAAAAAAAAAAUGAAAUAAAAAAAAAAAAUAGACUAGUCUCUUUAAAGACAAACGUUUUUAUCUCACUUGUUAAUUAAGAUCUUGGCAACGCUUUGUUCUUUCUGCCUUUUUUUUUUUUUUUUUUCGUGUUUUGAACUUGAGUUAUGUGUUGAUCUGGCAAUAUAUUUUUUUGAAAAGUCAUAUUUAUUAAAUAUUUUGUAUGAAAAGA